AAUUUCGCCGUGGAUUUCCACGUCAAAACUUGAAAAAGAUUAUCCCUCAUCCAUAAUGUUGUCCAUGGAAUAAAUUUCUGAACGCUGCAAUACGGGUUUUUACAAGCGGUGAGUAAUGGCGGAAGUCGAAAGAGCAGUUGCAGAGUUUGAACCACAUCAACAACACCGCUUUACAUCGGUUGCAACGUUAUCGUAUUGGUGUGAUGACUGCAAGAAAGAAGUUGCCGUGGCGAGGGAGGCAGCAGGUGCAGCUGUAUGCAGCAUCUGUAAAAGAGGCAGGGUUGAACCAAUGCCGCCUUCUUUCUCUUCUUCCGCUUCGCAGGUCGAGGUUCGAACCCGCGACACGCCGUCUUUCAGGCAUUUCCUUGGCGCUUUGCGCCUGUUUGACGAGGAGGACAACGAAGAACAUUUCAGCGAUGAAGACGAAGAAGAGGAGGAUGACGACGGUGGACUUGAGAAUUAUAUGGACUGCUUGCCCCAGCGUUGGAUUAUAGACGGCGACGAGGAAAAUUCUGAAGAAGAAAAAUCAGCAGUAGCAGAAGAAGAAGAACCGGCGUGGGCUGAUCUAGUUAUUUCCGAAAGCUUUUACGCCUCCGGCGAAGACGAGAUGGAAGCCCGGUCGGAAAACCCUGGCGUUUGGGCCGAGGUCGAACCCAUGACCUUCGGUUUUACGGAGCAACAGAGAGUUAGGGUUUCUGAUCUCGUUAACGAAGGGGAUUCAAGGUUUAGGGUUUCGGAAUCCGAACCGGAACGGGAACCCAGGGAUAGGGUCUCAGAUACUGAGUUCGAACUCGAGACCUGUGACUCCGAUGGUCAUCCCGAUCUCUUUGGCCGAAAUUCAAAUGUGGCACAUGUCGAAUUUGAAUUCGACACGUUGGUUCAAGGCUUGGAUGAGGUCGGACAUGAAAAUUCAGUAUCCGAAGUCGCACACCUCGACAUGGCCACCGAUUCCAGGGCCAGGUUCGACCUUAUCCGCACUUUGGGUCGAGACUUAGACUUGGGUGAGGUCGAUCCUGAAAAUUCAGACCCUGGAGUCGUUGACCUCGACCGUAGUAUCGAUUCCAGGGCAAGGUUUGGCCUUGUUCACUGGAACCCUUUGGUGGCUGAUUCGGAUGAGUAUGCAGGCUCUGUCGAAGGCAGCCAGAGUGUUGGUGAUUCAGAUGCAGGCGAUCUGUGCAUUGCCUUCAGGUCAUGGGAUUCAUUUGGCGUUGAAGAAGGCAGUGAAGAUGUGAAUGGGGAAGAUCAGUAUGAGGAAUGGGAGGAGCUGUAUCGAGAUGUUCCUGAGGUUGAUCUCAGAGUGGAUGAAACAAUUGUGCCCCUAGCUGAAGAAGACCGGCAUGACUCGCAACGUUCUCACGUGGCGGAAAUCGGACUGGUCGGAAAUUUUGACUGGACUAACGUGCUGGAGGAUUUCCGUGAUAUCGAAUUUACAGGGUAUGAAGAAGAGAGUGCAGAUGUUGACGUGGACGAUGUGGAUGCCGAUGGUGAUGUGGAUGCAUAUUUUGGGGACCCAGAGGACUAUGCUGAUGCAGCAGGAUAUGAAGUUUUGCUUGAACAUUUUGCAGAGAUUGAUAACUUUCCCAAAGGGGCUCCUCCAGCUGCCAAGGUUGUAGUGGAUUCUCUUCCUUCAAUUUUUAUUUGCCAGAAACAGAUUGACGAUGGAAAUGCAUUUUGCCCAAUCUGCAAGGAAGUUGUUGAAAUUGGAGAACAAGCCAAACAAUUGCCUUGCUUGCAUCACUAUCAUGGGUGCUGCAUUCUUCCAUGGCUGAGAUCACGGAAUUCAUGCCCUGUUUGUCGAUAUGAGCUGCCAACUGAUGAUCCUGAAUAUGAAGAGCAAAGAAAACAGGUUACCCUACAAACAUGAAUUGUGUAGGUUGCAGGUGUAGAUGGUUGACAGAAUGCUGAUUUUUGAGUAGGGGUUGUUUCUACAACUACUUCUGAAAGAGGAUCUUCUUCAGCUUCUGUACGGACACAUCAUGAUUGAUGACUUCUUAAGUGUAUAUUGUAUAGCAGAGUGUGUAGCUUCUCGUGAUUCAUUGGUAGCCUGUUGUACAAGGGCUAGUUUUGGGUAACACACUUCAUAUGUACAAUUCCACAUUGUGUUCACUUAUAAUUAGAGAACUGCGGUUUCUAUUU